AUGCAGCCUCCUGGGGCAUCUGAUAGAUGUGGACUCACUCCUCCAGAGCAACUGAGCCACGAGUUGGCCCUCCGCUUUGCCUCCAAAUGCUACACGCAUUUGGAGAUAGCUCACUACAAAGACAACUUCAAAACGUUGGCAGAUCACCAGGAAGAUGUCGAAUAUUGGAAAGAAGACACCUUGUGUGCCUUCCUCGCUCUCCCGGAGCCACUCAAGGCCGGGCCGGUCUUGUACCAUAUGUGUACAUACCUUGGGGCGUUUCCAUUUCCGAGUCUGGCGCCAUGUAUAUUGACUAGGGAAGCCAUGCUGAAGGUCAUCACCAUCAUGACGGGUAGGUACAAGAAGAUCUUGAAACGAGGCGAUCAGGAUAAGAUUAAGCUGUUGUUCCGAAGUUUGGCGGUCUUCGAUCGGCGCCACAGUGUCGCCUCGCCCAUGGAUAAGCCGAAUAUGGAGGAUAUUGUGAAGGAACAGCUCCCCGAAGACAUGUUGAAGGAGCGCGAAGUCGAGCAGGGUGUCAGUUCUCAUGUCGCUGGGUUUGCCAUCGAUGAGCCCGUGAAUGACGACGAAGACGAAGAUGACGACGACCUUGCUCUUGCCGCGCUUGACUCGCUCGACGCCAUUGAGGUCUUCAAACACGAUCAAAGGACGAACCGCAAGAUCAGCCACGCAAUGAUCCCUGCAGAGAACCUCAAGAAAAUUAUCACGCUCUUGCUACUCGUCGCGGGCAUCACGCCCUUGACUCCGCUGGCCAUUUACGGCCAGCGCCUGGACGGAGAGCGUUUAAAGGCUCUGAACACCUCAGCCGAUGCCAUCGUGGCAGCCUUUGACCCCGAGCCUCACAGCAGAGGAAUCAGAUAUUCCAAUUUUGUCAAGACCGUCACAACGACGUUACCGGAUCUAUUCGAGCCCCUCAACGCUCUGUUCGAGCAUUUUCUGUUCAGCAAGAACUUCAACCUCAACAAAUAUCGCGACGCCCUACCGGUGAUCGAAACUAUUGAGGCCAUACCAUCACCAAUAUACCAAUCACCGGAAGACACCACCUUCAGCACCAUCUUCACCGAUACUCUCCUGGCUCAAAUGUCCAUGUCCGUCCAAAUCUCCGCAUCCGCCUCGUCAAGUUCUUCGCUCAAGAACGUCUUCGCUUCCAACUCUCGCUUCAACCAACUCUACUCGACUUCGUCCCACGGCACCUCCUUGUCGUCCUUCUCCCGGCAAGUCCACUCGUGGCAAUCUUCUACAUUGGUCCUCAUCUCUGGAACGCUUCCCGACAGAAACGACCCCAUCGUACUCGGUGCGUACCUCCCCGAGCCGUGGCGCGAGAAGCCAACGGCUCCUUCCUCCUCCACUGAUGCCCCAUCCAAGGCAUCCUGCCUCUUCCAAUUCCUCCCCCGCCACUGCAUGUUCCUCGCAAAUCAAUACAACCGCACGAUCCCGUUCUCGUAUUUCAACUCCAAAACAGGCAUCGCACUGGGCUGUGUGAUCCCCCCGCAGCAGUCUCGUACAGGUCCACCUCAACCGCCGAUUUUGGGACCGGUCAGCGUGUUAAUCGACAGCGACCUGUCAACCUGCACUUUCCAGCACGAUGGGGACGCUGGGGUCGGUGCGUUCAUGACAGACCCGGGCCUGGAGACGGCGCAAAAAAAUGACCAGGAAUCCGCACAACCGAAAAAGGCAGUUUUUGACCUCGACACGCUCGAAGUCUGGGGCAUCUCCUUCCCGCUUGCCCGCACAGGCUCGCUAUCCGAGAGUGCCGGAGAAGAGGACGAGAUGAUCAAACAGAGGAGACGGCUCGCGUGGGAAGAGGCCGAGGCCGCACGACGCAGGGGGGUGAAUUUUGGAGGGGAUAAGGAUGGUGCAAGGGCAUUGUUGGAGAUGGCGGGGCUGGUGGGGGAUAAAGCCGGGAAUAGGAGUGGCGGGUCUGUUUAA